AUGAGCGGCGACGUCGUGGCCUCCUACGAGCUCUUCAAGGUGCCGCCGCGCUGGCUCUUUUUGCGCGUGGAGACGCAGCGCGGCGUCGUCGGCUGGGGCGAGCCGAACGUCGAGGGCUUCAGCGACACGGUGCGGACGGCCGUCGAGGAGCUCAUGAGGAGCGUCGUCGGCCAGGACCCGAGCCGCAUCCAGUACAUCUGGCAGAAGCUCUUCCGCCAGAAGUUCUACGGCGGCGGGCCCAUCCUCAUGAGCGCCAUGGCCGGCAUCGACCAGGCGCUGUGGGACAUCGCGGGCAAAACUUUUGAACGCGCCCGUGUCUACCGCUGGUGCGGCGGCGACGAGAACUCGCCGGAAGAGUCGGCGGCCGAGGCGACGCGGGUCCUCGCGACGUCGAACUACAAGCAGCUAAAGAUGAACGCGUGCUCCCGCAUGGAGUACGUCGACACGGAGGGCGCCGUCGCCGCCGCCGCCGCGCGCUUCAAGGCCGUGCGCGAGGCCGUCGGGCCCGGCGUCGGCGUGGGCUUGGAUUUCCACGGCCGCGUGAAGCUGCCCAUGGCCAAAAAGCUCAUGGAGGCGCUCGCGCCCUACGACCCCCUCUUCUUCGAGGAGGUGCUCGUGCGCGGCCAGAACCCGGCGCUCCACGCGACCGUCGCCCAUCACACGUCGGUCCCCCUGGCGACGGGCGAGCGCAUGUACACCGUCGAGGAGUUCCGCGAUUUGCUGGAGACGCGCGCGGUGAAUAUUUUGCAGCCGGACUGCAGCCACGCGGGCGGCAUCUCGUCGCUCCACACCAUCGCGCGCAUGGCCGAGGCCUACGAGGUGUCCUUCGCGCCCCACUGCCCCCUGGGGCCCAUCGCGCUCGCGGCGUGCCUCCAGGUCGACGCGACGGCCGUCAACUUCUGCUUCCAGGAGACGUCCCUGGGCAUCCACUACAACGGCGAGGGCGGCAUGGAUUUGCUGGAUUACGUGGCGAACAAGAAGGCCUUCGACGUCGACGCCGAGGGCUACGUCGCGACGCUCGCGGGGCCGGGGCUGGGGGUGGAAAUCGACGAGGCCGCGGUGCGCGCGGCCGCGGUGGCGGGCCACGCCUGGGCGGACCGCGAGUGGACGCUCCCGGACGGCACGCCGACGACGUGCCUGGGCACGCCGACGAGGCGCCGCGACAAGCGCGUGGCCCGCGUCCGCGACGCGGCGCGGCUGCUCGCGGCGCUGCGCAGCGACGACGCCUGGGAGGCGCGCAUCCGCGCGGAGAGCCACGGCGCGCCCGUCAGCCGGCUGCUCUCGGCGCACGCGUGGCGCGGCGCGUUCGCGCCCGCGGAGGUCGCGGCGGUCGUCGCGCUCGCGGGCGCGCACGUGGCGCGGCGCGGCUGGCAGACGACGCGGCACGCGACCCACCCGACGACGGACUUCUCGCUGCACGACGCGCCGCACAUCUGGGCGGUCUGCGCGCCGAUCGUCGCGGCCGUCGUGCUGCCGGCGCUCCGCGCGGCCUUCUUUGCCGCGGGCGACCCGGGCGCCGGCGCGGGGCUCGAGGUCGACGACCUCUUCUACGUGCGCUACGACGCGGACGCGCCGGGCGCGCAGACCGAGCUCGAGGCGCACCGCGACGCCUCGCUGCUCUCGUUCUCGGUCGCGAUGAGCUCGCCCGACGACUUUGUCGGCGGCGGCACGCGCUUCGUCGGGUCGGGCCGCGUGCUCCGGCCCGAGGCCGCCGGCGACCUCGUCGCGCACUCGGGCAAGGUCCUCCACGCCGGCGAGGCGGUCACGGCGGGCGUGCGCGACAUCCUCGUCGGCUUCGUCGCGGUGACCGGCGAGGCGGUCAACGUCAACUUCCUCGCCUCGCCGCUCGUCACCGCCGCGCGCGAGCACCCGCGCCUCGACGUCGCCAUCGUCAACGGAGCGCUCGUCGCCACCGCCCUCUGA